AAUCUUUAAAUUGAAAGCAUGAGCAAAAAGUCAUUAUGGGGCCUCAUCCAAAGAUGCAAUGACAAAGGAUUAAUCAGAAAAAUCCAUGCACAACUAAUCACUUCAGGUGAAUUCCUCAAUCAAAUCCAUUACUGUACAACUAAUUCUUUCUUUAUCAACGCAUUGAUUUCUGGGUAUGCAUCUACUAGCGCAUCAGGUUCAGCCAUUUUAGUCUAUAAACAUGUAAGAAAGAAUCUAGGUUUUGUACCCGAUCUUUAUACUUUUCCUGCUCUUCUAAAAGCGUGUUCAAGGACAUAUGGAACUAAAGAAGGUAAACAGCUACAUGGGGUUGUUUUCAAAAUGGGUAUAUUAUCACCAUUUGAUUUAUUUGUACAGAACUCUCUCCUCCACUUUUAUGGUGUUUGUGGUCAGUGUAAUGAUGCAGCUAUACUGUUUGAUGAAAUGCUUGUUAGAGAUGUGGUAUCUUGGACUGGUUUGAUUUCUGGUUAUGUGAAGGCAGGACUUUUUAGCCAGGCUGUAUUGGUUUUCUCGAAGAUUGAUGUGGAACCAAAUACUGCUACUCUUGUUAGUAUUCUCGUCGCUUGUGGGAGGUCGAAUAAUCUUCAUAUGGGUAUGGGAUUGCAUGGAUUGAUGUUUAAACGUGAUUUUGGAACGAAUUUGGCUGUGGGUAAUGCUGUAAUGGAUAUGUAUGUUAAGUGUAACUGUUUGGACGAGGCUCGACAGGUUUUUGAUGAGCUCGGCGGUAAUAGAGAUGAGGUUUCUUGGACUUGUAUAAUAAGUGGUUUUGUGAAGUGUGAACGUCCCAAAGAAGCAUUGGAGUUUUUUGAUGCAAUGCAAGAGUCUGGACUGGAACUGGACAAAAUUACUUUAGCUACUGUGCUCGGAGCGUGUGCAAGCUUAGGUGCAAUUGACCAAGGUAGAUGGGUUCAUGAGUAUAUUGAACAUAAAGGGAUCGAAUGGGAUGAUCACAUAGAAACUGCAUUGGUUGAUAUGUAUUCAAAGUGUGGCUGUAUAGAUUUGGCAUUGAGUAGUUUCAGGCGUAGCCAUAAAAGGAAAAAUUUCUCUACAUGGAAUGCAUUACUAGGAGGCUUAGCGAUGCACGGUCAUGGGAAAAUAGCACUAGAUCAUUUCAAUGAAAUGAUAAGUUGUGGUGCAAGGCCCAACGAGGUUACAUUUCUGGCCAUACUGAGUGCUUGUUGUCAUUCAGGGUUGGUCGAUGAAGGUCGUAAGCAGUUUUCAAGAAUGGAAAAAGAUUAUAAUUUGAGUCCAGGGAUAGAGCAUUAUGGAUGUAUGGUUGAUCUGUUAGGUCGCGCUGGGCUGUUGGAUGAAGCUCGAGAACUCAUUAAGGUUAUGCCAAUGAAACCUGAUGUGAUGAUAUGGGGAGCACUGCUGAGUGCUUGUAAAGCCUACGGAAAUGUUGAGAUGUCUAAGAAAAUACAAAGGGACAUUGCUGAGAUGGAAGAUGAUUUUGAACAUCACCAGGAUAGUGGAGUCUAUGUAAUGCUGUCAAAUAUUCAUGCUACUAGUGACAGAUGGGAAGACGUAACGAGAAUAAGAAAGUUGAUGAAGAAAAAGGGUAUAAAGAAAUCGCCAGGGUCGAGUAUUAUUCAAGUUGAUGGGGAAUCUCAUGUAUUCUUGGUAGGAGAUAAGAAUACAAGUAAACAUCCUCAGCAAAAGGAGAUUCAUCAAGUACUGAACAUGCUAGCCAAACAACAAUCUACGCGCAUGGCUUGAAGGUAAACAGUCCUGUAGAGGAUCUGAAACAUUUAAAUUUUUUUAGGCCCUUGGAGAUUUCUCCUCAAUGCAUAGUCUGCAGUAUUAUGAGAAAACUUGUCAACUUUCUGCACCUAUAAUGCUAGUUCGAAUCACAUCCUCGAAUCCGUAGAACAUAAACAUCAAAAGCAGGCAUGAAGGUAAACAUGUCUGCUGCUUUGUUCACAUCCUCGAAUCCGUAGAACAUAAACAUCAAAAGCAGGCAUGAAGGUAAACAUGUCUGCUGCUUUGUUGUAUAUCAGAAUGUACAUGGUGUCCACUACAAGAGGCCAUAUUAAUAAUAAAUACAUAAUGAGAAUUUAAAUUUCAAUUUA